CGUAACAGCUAGCAGACUACGGUGCGCCGUUUGUGACCAAGAGCAGAACGCGCGAACUGAAGGAAUACGAGCAACAUUUCAGGAAGGUUCAUGGAUCCUUCAAAUAAAGUUUAGUAACAUUCCUCCUUAACCGGCAGCAUCAUGGAUGCUCCAAAACGGAAAUUAAGGUCUGGAAAAGACAUUUCAAAGGACAAAGGCCAGUCUAAGAGAAAAGCCAGUGAUACUGGCACAGAAGAUGUUUCCCCAGCACCUAAAAGUGCUAAAACUUCUGAUGAUUCAGGAUAUGUGUGUAAUGAAGAAGAACAUGAGCAUGGUGAGACAGAUACAGUGGGAGAUCAGACAAGAUCUAUACAAUCUAAAGAGUGUGACUCUUCAGAAACAAGCAAUCCUUUAGUUUGUUCAGUGUGCAGUUUUGUUGCAAAAACUCAAACUGCACUGAAAAUUCACUCAAAGCGGAAACACUCACAAUUACAAGAAGCUGAAAACCAAACACACCUCUCAAAGGUGCAUCUGGAGAGUUCUUCAGUGUCUCUGUCAGAAGAGGACAAACAAUCGGAUUGCUGCGUGGAUGAAAACUCUGUGAAGGUUGUUGGAAACUCAAGAUCUAGUCCUACUCAGAUGUUGCUGGAAAUAGUUGAACCCACUUCAUGUAGAUCAGGAACUGAUGGUGAAGGUACAAAUGAGGCCAACAUAGGUGGCGUUACAAAUGAUGGAAUGGAUGAGAAUGAUAAAAGUCAAAAGCAUUCAACGUCUAAUACUCCACAAACAUUAGCAGUUGGACACAGUACAGACUCUCAUAGAAAAGAGACAAAUUGUGAUAGCGAGGAAUGCAUGACCAGCAAGAGCAGCAAAAAGAUGUUAGGAAAUCAGCAUUCGUUAAAGACAACAGCAUUGUUGAAGCGUUCGACUGGAGGCAAGUCACAACAUCAGUGUGGUAAGUGCACCUUCACAGCUGACAACUCCGUAAUGUUAGCACAACACAUUAAAACGCACCAUCCGGUGGAGCACCGUUUCCACUGCAAGAUUUGUCAUUACUACACCACCACCACCGAGGCAAUGGAGGCCCAUCUGACAGAAGAAGUCCACCAACAGGUAGCCAAAGAGAAAAGCCUUAGCUCUCUAUUUAAAGACUGUGUUGAAAAAGUCCUUGUGAUUCAAUCCGAUCAAAGAGAAGACGAAGACAUGAAUGAUAGUGAUACCCAAUGCUCUAACGAAGCUGUGGAGGUUCAGGGAACAGAAAACCUACUACAAGAACCAGCAGAGGAUGGAAUGAAAGAUUCUCCUCAGAAACGGAAGCGAGGCAGACCGAAGACAUCUAACGGCACUGUUUGUAGUCAUUGUGGGCUCGUUGCUUCAAGUGCCACCAACCUCAGUGUUCACAUAAGACGCAGGCACAGUCGGUUGUACAGCUUUGUUUGUAAGUUUUGCAACUACUACUGCGUGACCAAAGGGGAUAUGGACCGCCACUGUGAAACAAAAAAGCACAUCAGCAGAAUGCAUGCAGCUGGAACUGGCAGUGGGGUUGUUCUGCUAAGUGCUGAGCAGUCGAGUCAGUCAAAGGCAAAUGAGGCAGAAACGGUUGACAAAGUUGCAGAUAUUGAGAUGUCUGUAGAUGAAGUGGACAAUACUGACUCCAGUGUUGUGGCAUGUAAGAAAAUCAAAUAUGACUCUGGAAACAAUUGUUCUCAGUGCGACUUUGUUGCUCAUUCGGCACAGUCUCUUGCGCUCCAUGUGCGACGCAAGCACACAAAAGACUUUGAGUUUGUUUGUCUAGCGUGCUCCUAUUACACUGUAACGCGCAGGGAGAUGUUUAGGCACAUGGCAACAGAAAAGCACAAGCAACAACGUGAGUGUUACUUGAAAAGACAAAGUAAUGAUCCUUCUGAAGACCCGGAAGUGAUCACCGUUUUAGCAUCCGCAAGUCCAACAACUAAAGAUGCAGAUCUUUCAGCGGACUUAAGUGAGGAGAAUUGUAAUAACGAGAAUGGAGAAAAGCAGUCUGACGAACAGAGUACCUCUAAAGAUAACGAAGAAUCAGAUCCAACCGUUUCUGAUGUGAUCCAGUCAAUAAAGAUGGAGGAUAUGGUUGAGGAAAAUGAGAUGGACGAGGAUGAAAUUGCAGAUUCGGGAGAUGAAGGUCAAUCUACUGAGAAACACCUUCGACUGACACAGUUAGAUUCUUGCAUAUAUCCCUUGAAAACUAUUGCAGAGCACAAGCAGGCCUCACUUACUGGAGAUGCAAUUGCAGGUGGAGUAAACAAGCAGAGCAUCAGAAAGCCUAAAACCCUUGACGCUAAAAAUGCCAAGUCAAUUCCACGUAUACGCUGUGAAGACUGUGGAUUUUUGGCAGAUGGCAUAAGUGGCCUAAACGUUCACAUCUCCAUGAAGCAUCCAUCCAAGGAGAAGAAUUUCCAUUGCUUGCUUUGCGGAAAGUCCUUUUAUACGGACAGCAACCUGCAACAGCACUUGGGCAGUGCAGCGCACAUGCGCAAUGAGAACGGAAGCAUUGAAGAACUUGCAGAAGGAGGUGCCAGCUUUAAAUGUGUCCGAUGCAAUGAGCCCUGCCAAACAGAGCAGGAACUAUUUGUGCACAUCAAAGAAAAACACGAGGAGCUGCUGAGGGAAGUGAACAAAUACGUGCUGGAAGACACAGAGCAGAUCAACCGAGAGCGGCAGGAGAACCAGGGCAGUGUGUGCAAGUACUGCGGCAAAGUAUGCAAGAGCAGCAACUCCAUGGCUUUCCUGGCUCACGUUCGAACACACACAGGAUCUAAACCGUUCAGGUGCAAGAUCUGCAACUUUUCCACUGCUCAGCUCGGGGAUGCUCGCAACCAUGUUAAGAGACAUCUAGGCAUGAGAGAGUACAAGUGUCACAUCUGUGGAUGGGCAUUUGUGAUGAAGAAACAUCUCAACACUCAUCUACUGGGCAAGCAUGGACUGGGCCAGCCAAAAGAGAGGAAGUUUGAGUGCGAGUUGUGUGAUCGGACCUUCAGUGAGAAAUGGGCACUGAAUAACCACAUGAAACUACACACAGGAGACAAACCCUUCAAGUGUGCAUGGCCAUCGUGUCAUUACGCCUUCCUGACUCUCUCUGCUAUGAAGGACCAUUACAGGACACACACAGGAGAGAAGUCUUUCUUGUGUGAUCUCUGUGGAUUUGCUGGAGGAACUCGUCAUGCGCUGACCAAACAUCGUCGCCAGCACACAGGUGAGCGGCCCUUCAAGUGUAAGCUGUGCAACUUCGCCUCAACUACACAGUCCCAUUUGACGCGGCACAAGCGUGUGCACACGGGCGAGAAGCCUUAUCGAUGCCCCUGGUGCGACUACAGAUCUAAUUGCGCAGAGAACAUCCGUAAACACAUCCUGCACACAGGCAAGCACGAGGGGGUGAAGAUGUAUAACUGUCCUAAGUGCAGCUAUGCCACCAAUGCCCCGAUGGACUUCAGAAACCACCUUAAAGAGACUCAUCCCGACAUCGAGAACCCAGAUCUGGCUUAUCUACAUGCAGGAAUUGUAUCCAAGUCCUAUGAGUGUCGUCUGAAGGGUCAGGGGGCAUCUUUUGUCCAGGCAGAAACUGUGUUUUCCCCUGAGGAGAGCGAACUGGGUUCUGAGGCAGUUCAGCAGGUCAUCAUCAUCCAGGGCUACAGUGGAGGAGAGGUGGCCAUCGAUCAGGCUCUGGAGCAGUCGGCCGCUGCCACUUUACAGACCCUCGCCAUGUCCAGCCAGCUGGCCGAAGUGCUGCACAUCACCGAGGACGGGCAGCUCAUCACAUCCGGUCAGGAAGUCUCUACAGGAGGCCAGACCACUCAAUAUGUCCUGGUGGAGUCAUCCGGAGAAACCGUAGGAGAAGGAAGACCAGAAGUGGAGGCUGGACACAAUGCAUCUGAAUCGUCUUCUGCUCUGGAUGCUUUGCUUUGUGCUGUGACGGAGUUGGGCCAGCAGGCCUGCGCUGCUGAGGGAGAGAUUUCCACCACUGCCGCGGCAGUGUCUGAAAGUCAUCCAAAAGUGACGACCUCUCCAGCACAGAGCCAAAAUGACGGGCAGGUAUACGAGGAGAGGACAGAAGUGGGCAUGGUGGCUCAGGUGGUGGGGUCUACCCAUGAGCAACCGUCCGAGGAGAUGCAAGAGGUGCUCCAGUUUGCAGCCAGUCAGCUGAUGAUGAAGGAAGGACUCACUCAAGUCAUCGUCAAUAAUGAAGGGACGCAUUAUAUAGUCACUCAGCUGGACGACUCCACGCUGCACGUUGAGGGAACUGUGGAGGAUCCGUCCGGAGAGGAGACCAUCGUGUACUCAGAAAUCAGUCCUGAAUGAGGUGAGAGAUUGAGAGAUGGUUCUCUUUGGAUUUUGCUGAAUGUAACAUUCAGUUUCUAGGGAACUUUAGAAGAAAGCUUCCCUUGUAAGGUAACUCAGGGUCUGUUUCCAAGAUGACACACCAAAAUGUCCAUGCAAGCUUUUUGGAAUGGGUAGUUUUGUUUGUUUAUUUGUUUACAACAUUAUACAGGGUGGGCCAUUUAUAUGGAUGCACCUUAAUAAAAGGGAAAUGGUUGGUGAAAUUCACUUCCUGUUUGUGGCACAUUGGUAUAUGUGAGUGGGAAAAUUUUUCAAAAUGGGUGGUGACCAUGGUGGCCAUUUUAAAGUCA